UGCGGCGGCAGUGGCAGCAGUGGCGUUCCUCCCGUUGAUAAUCGCGUCCGAUUCCUCCGUUCGGAGCCGCUCGAUUGCCAGUCGUACCGGUCGUCGCACGCGCACACCGUCUCUGCCUUUCUCACUCGCUCGCGCAUCACCGCCGCCACCACCGACGUCGCCGCCGUCACCAUCACCGCUACAGCUGUGCGUCGCCUAUACCGCGGUUCCGUCCGUGUGCGUCGCGCCGUCCAUCUCGAUCGCUACCGAACAUACGUAUAAUAAACAACAAGAACAACGAAAUCUCAUUGCGAGCGUAUUGUGCUAUGGAUGAUGUCGAUUUACGGCUACGCCCGAUAAAAUAACACACCGAGCGAAACUCGAAAAACAGAAAACUUGAUAGUGCCAUACGUGCACAUAGUACCUGCUUAGUGUUGUACUGGAAAACUCAGUCCACGGGCACGCCACUGGCAGUGACCGGUCAACCGACCGCGGUGAAGGAGCAAUACUGUUGGUCAUCCACGCGUUCUGUAAUCGUCGCCGGUGGUAAUGGGAAAGAAAGGCAAAAAGACUAGAUGGCGAGAGCUGCCCAUCACUCUGGCGGACAAGCCAUAUGCGGCUAUUGAACAGUCUUCCGUCCGUCACGCGACGGACUCAAAACCAGCGAAUUUUGCCGCAGCGGCAGGUCGACGAAAUCAUCAUGCUCAACACCAAACGUACCAACAGCAUCAGUUACCAAACCGAAAUCAUUCAACAAAUAUUAGUCCACAAAAUCAUCACGUGGAAUCUUCAACUGUAACAUUUAAUGAGGAUGAAUAUACGAAGAUCACAACUCCUAGGCAAGAUGUAUUGUUCAAAAAAGGUUACUUGGGAAGACGUAAGCAUAAUAGUGUACCAGUUAUUACUGAACCUUUAAAUGAAAAUGAAGAUGGUGUUCCAAUUGACAUCAACCCCUUGGAUGAGUUGUGUGCUCAUGGUGAAUAUGUUGACCCAUCUGCGAUAUACAUUCUUAAUGGUGGUGGAUACGAGAUCUACGAUCCGUAUACUGGUAAUGUGACUAUGUUGAUGGGGCCGCCACCGGGUCAUUAUCCACCGGUCGGACAUCCGAUGCUAGCGGCAAUGUCAUAUCAGCCAAUGCCAAUGCAACCUGUCGACUGGUAUAACCCUUCGAACGCAAAUUCCGACUGGCUAUCCGGGGGUGCCGUGUAUCAGACGAAUAACAGAAAUCAUAAGAAAUCAACGACUGCCGAUGCUCAGCAGAACGGCAGUGCUCAGAGUUCAGAAGUGAGUAUUAGUGCCCAGGAAUCGAGUCUGGACGAUCAGCAGAGUUUAUAUCAGUCACCACAACCGUACAAUAUGUACCCAGGUUAUAUGUUUGGCGCUCCUUUGUACAAUUAUAAUGGUGUAAGCAUUCAAGUUCCACAGUCACAGUCUCCUCCUUCGCCUUCAAUUAGUUGUGAUUACACUAACGGAAAACGGCGUAAGAAAAAGAAACGUAGAAAGCGAGGAGAUGUAACUGAUGAAUAUUCAGAUUCUAGUUCGGAAGAACAAAAGAGUCAAUCGGGUGCUAGUUGUGACCUCGUACUGGACUCGGAAAAGACCUCUGAUUCGGGUGUAUUAACAAACAAUAGUGGUGGUUCGACGCCAGUGAAUGUCAUACCCGUCCAGUUAUCCCACAGCGCACCACCAUUCCAUAUGGAAUGUCCGCCGCCGUUUGAAAUUUUGCACGGAACACCGAUCCUCCUUCAUCAUCAUCCAGAACAAAUAGCCGCAUAUUAUCAACCGAUACCACAAUACGCGGAACAAUUAGCCCCCAUCGGUUACCAGGUUAUACCAGAAGAACAAGCUGAAGCAUCAGAGAUUACUGAUGACCAACCGGAUGCCGAGCCAGCUCCUAGCUAUUCAGCAGAAAACUCUGACUCAGGAAUUAGCUCUCCAAACAGUGAGGUAAUGGUCAAAGGAUCUGCAGAAAAUAAACAUGAAAAACCACAAGCUGUUAUUGGUAACAGUGGACAGCCGGCGACUAAAAAAAGUAGAAAUAAGAAGAGCAAACAGCGAGAAAAAACUACUACAGAAUCAAUUAUUAAGAAGAGUAAAGACUUGCCGAAAAACCAACAUGAAGGAAGUAAGAAAUCGUCAAAAAUUGCCAAAGAACCAGCCAUCAUAAAAAAAUUAAACGCCAAAAAGAACAAAUCUAAGCCAGAACAAGAAAAAAUAGAAACUUCAAAACCACUCAAAGAAGAGCAAUUGAAAUCAGAAAUAGAAAACAUUUCAGAGGAAAUUAUUCAAUUGUCAAUUAGUCCAGAAACAGAGUGGAUACAAGAAGAAGAAUUCUGUUCGUUAGAAUGUACUCCCAGGUCUACAACAGAUAAUAUUCAAUUUCAAUUCACCAAGACACAAUCACUUGAUUCAUGUGAAUCCGUGGAAGAGGAAACGUUUGCGACGGCGGUGAACACCGGAAAUUCUGAUACGGAGAACGAAAUUAGGCAAGACGAAGUUGGAAAACUAGAAUUGGCAUCGCCUAUCAAUGCAGCAAUUCCGGGACCGAUUACAGAAGCCGUGACAAAAUGGUUAAAUGAUCAAGGUGGCUUAAUGUUAACUCCAUGUUUAGAUGAUUCGGGCACUGAUGAUGGAGAACUCAGUGAAUACGACGAUUUUGAAGAACACUUAAGUACAACUAGUCCAAAAAACGUGCAAGGCAACCCUUACCCUGCGCUGUCUCGUAGUGACGGGUCAAGGGUUGCUGGUUCUUCAUCUCACGAUCAACGACAAAGUGGACUUAUAUCCAGUGGCAUAUGUUGUUUAACUCAAUAAUUAUUUAGACAAGGUCAUUAUAUUUAAAACAAUAUAAACAUUGUAAUUAUUUAUGGUUUAACCUGUACAAAAAAAAUAAUACGAUAAGGACACUAUUUACAGGGCAUGAGAAAUGCAUAUACAAUGGCUGACCUCUUGAAAAUUAGGCCCUUUGUACAGUUCCUCAGGCAUACAUUAAAAAUUAACAAAUUAAUCACUUCUUUGAAUAGUCUUUUUUAAUAUAUCUCAUUCUAAGUUAAGUUUUCAAUGCUAUAAGAAAAGAAAAAUUUGCAUUUAAAUUCUUUUUAAAUGAUUAUUUUUAGGUCGUUUCAUUAUUCAUAUAAUGCAAAUUUUUCUUUCAUUUUUAUAAACCAUGGAAAUUUGGUGUAAUUAUGAGACUGCUUUUUGGAUCUCCUCUUCAGGAGUAAUUUGUUAAUAAGUUCAUUAUAAAAUUUGUUAAUCGUUAUCAUUAAAAUAAAAUAUUUUUGUCGUUAACAAUCAAGUUUAAAAUUGCAUAACAAUUAAAUAUAUAUAAUAAUCAUUAAAAAAUAUUGUUAUCUUUGAUUUGCAUGUUUAAAUGGAUAUGGAUGGGUUCGGUAUCUCUGAUUAAAUACAAAGAAAUGAAAUGUUUCAUUGAUAGUCAACAAUAUUAUAAUAUAACAAUGUUAUUUUUGUAAUGUUUAUUACUUAUAGGCUAUAACUUAUUAACUGUAUAUUGCAGAGAUCAAUUCAAUUUUAUUUGAAAAUAUAAUAAAUUUGGAUUUACUACUUCUCCCCGCUACUCCCAACAUUGAUUUUUCAAAUUAACGGUUAUUUAAGUAUAAUAUAUAUAUAUUAUUUAUAUAUAUAUAUAUAUGAAUAUUCUGGAAAACGAGGUUGUAAAGUGCCACUAAAAGUCAUUAAUAUGUAUUAUGAAAAAAAAAUACUUAAUUGUAUUGAGAUUUACUAGGUAUUAGCAAUCUCAGUAACGCUCAACUACUUAUUUCAAAGUUCAUUUAAUAUAUACACAAAAUACCUAAAUUAUUGAUUAUUUUAUUUAGAUUCUUAAAUGGUCCAAUUAACCAUCAAAAUUAGGGAUAUUUAAUAGGAACUAUAAUUUAGAAUACUUAAUGUUUAAUUUAUCAUAAGUAGUACAUAAGAUAACAAAUAGUAAUAAUAGUAGCCGAUAACAACGGUACUGUCUGAAUUUGGUGCUUAUACUUAAAAAUGAUAUUACUACAAUUUAGUUUAAUUUUAAUAAUAUAUAGCUAAUAUGUAAAAGUUGAUAUAAAAAUAAAAACAAAACAUUAUUAGUUUAAAUUGUUUGGGUGAUAUUUAAAUACGCAUAGAAUGAGGCUGCCUGGAUAUUAUUGUUGUGUUAUUUUAUAGAAAUUUAAUUUGUUAUGAAACAUUUAAUAAUUGGUUUAGGGUGUUCCAAAUGUAUACAGUGUUUUUAUAAAACAUUAUUUUUUCUAAAACAAUAUUAUCAUUGAUAUUUUUUAUGAUAUGCGAAUGUUUAAUUUUUAAAAAGUACAUAUUAAUAAUAUAAUAUCCCUUCUUUAUAUCCAUAAAUUUGUUCUUAAAUAAAUGGGUUACCUAUGUUCACCUACUUGAAAUAUGUAUUAAUAAUUAAAAAAUGUGAUGUCAUAAUGUUUUAUUCACCCUUGCCGAUUUUUCAAGCUAUAUUCGUUAUAGUUUUAAAGAUUUUAGUGCACAAUUGUUACAAAAGUUAUUUCAAAAUAAAAUUGGUUGUACUUUAUGCAUCAAUAAACAUAACUUCUGGCAUAGUUGAUGUGUACCUAGGCUAUGUUAAUAUUAAUAGUAAAAAAAUACAUGUAUGGCCAAUUUUAUUCUGUUAAAUAUUUAGAAAAUAUGUUAUAUAUAUAUAUUUUUUUUUUAAUAGCCUAUUAUUAUUGUUAUUUAACAACAAUAUUUUUAUCUUAUUGAUGAUGUAGUUAUUAAAAAUUUAUUAGAUGUAAUAAUAUGUAUUGCUGAGUUAUUAAUAUGAUUUGGAGUAAAAUUAUAUGUUUAGCAGUUUACUUACACAUAAAGAAAAAAGUCAAUAAUAUUGUAGGUAUGACAACAAAUAAAUGUAUACAUACUUGUAAUUUUCAAAAGUCAUUGUCAUAAUAUGGUCCAAUAGGUUAUAACCAAUUUUAAAUUAUAUUACCAACCUAUAUUGUAAUACUAUUAAUGCACUAACUAAAUUAUAUCAACACUUAAAAAAUCAGUAUUAAGCCAAGGAUAUUUUAAUGUUUACUAUUAUAUACAUUUUUUUUUACAUAUACAUUAUACAUAGAUACUUAUAUAUAAAAUAUCUAUAAUGUAACAAUAUCAUCACCCCCAUUCCCUUGUCUGGUUUGGCUUAAUUUGUGCAAGAAUAUAAUAUUAUGUUUGUUUUAUAUAAAAAUAAAUAAAUAUAUAUAAAUAUAUAUGAUAUACGUAUAGUUUGUGUGUGUAUAUAUGCAUAUAUAUAUAUAUAUAUAUAUAUUAUUUAUUUAUAAUUAUUACAAUAUACCUGUAUUUUGUUAUGCAAAAUGCUACAAGUUUAGGCUUUUGAUAAUUAAGUGCCUUAGGUCAUUCCUUUAUAAGCGAAAUUAUUUGAAACGGAAUUUGUUUUGUUUUCGUUCCACAAAAUCGCGUCACUGUCUCGUACAUAAGACAUUGAAGAUCGUUAAUUUAUGAUUGUGUACUGGUUGAUAUAUGCAUGCUAAAUAUAUUUUAUUUUCCAAUUUUUGGAGAAAAAUAGCAUAUUUAAUGUUUAUUAAAUAAAUAUAUGAAAACCAAAA